UUUACUGAAGUUAACAUCUAUUUCAGUCCAAACGAUCAGACAGAAGACCCCUCCGAUUUUUACAUCCAUGAAAGUCUCUUUUUUAUAUGGUGCAUUGUCAUGCUUGAAAAUGAGUUUGCAAUUGAAAGCACGAUGAUUGAUGAUUGGUCCUCUGGUACCGAAGUCGGAAACUCCACCGACUUCUCUGAAGUCAUUUUCACACCUCCAGAGACCUACAAACUCUUCCUCCAGGUAUGGAAACCUUACAACUGCGCGUUUCCAUCUUUCAUUCCGAAAGAAAUGGCUUUUUAGCAUGCGCAAUGUCACGUGGAUUCGCGUGUUCGUGACCGUGGCACGUAGUUUGUCCAAGUGGACUCGCCGUACAACCUCCGCUACCUGCGUGCGUUGUUUGGCUAACCGAAGGCGCUUCACUCAUCUCCUCUUCCCGAAUUGGCACUGAGCGUGCCGCAGCCUCGACAAAGUACGUCACGCAAUUACUUUACUGGACUAAAACAUCCUACAUUAAUUCCCCGUGUCCGGAUAAACUCGUCCCGUUUCAUAUUGAAGCGUCUCCAUGCGAGCUUAGCUUAGCUUAGCCUGCUGGUUGCGAACAAAGACAGGCCUUUGUUUGCAACACAUCGCUAAACACAUGUCAAGUGUGAGUGUCAAAAGUCAUAAUCGUGGGGAAAUGUCUGCAAACAUUGCGAAAGAAGAGUGUGAGGGGAAACGUUUUCGGACCAAAGAGGAGCAGGAGCGACAACGUCGACUACUGGACGCUGUUGUCCGAAAGCCUCAAGAUGUGUUGUUGCACAGAGCAGAUGUCAGUGAAGAAAAUGCGCGUCCCGAGAACCAGCGAGAGCCGCGGUUCCCUAACGUUAAAGGGGAAGAGGAGGGGAGAGCGCCGCCGUACAUUAAAGAGGAAGAACAGGAGGCCGAUAUCACCAAUUUUCCAUUGACCGAUGUCAUCGUCAAGAGUGAAGAUGACGAUGAAGGCGGCGGCGGAGGAUCCCGAGCAGACAGCCUCUUACCGCCGCUGUCAGACAGCGACGACUUGACGUCGCACUCUUCUGACACUGAUGACGAUGAGCACUCGAAAGAUGUCGGCGACGAAUGUCUUUGCGCUGAGCAGCACGAGCCAGAGUCCCCCGACAUUAAAGAGGAGGAAGAAGAGCACCCCGACACGAAAGAGGAAGUCGAGCCAGAGCCCGUGAACAUUCAACUGGAAGAGCAGGAGGACCUUAUCACGUUCGGAUUGACUGGUGUCCAUUUGAAGAGUGAUGAAUGUCCAAGUGAGGAGAACCCAGCGGCGGAGCCUCCAAGCAGCAGCUCAAGUGAACGCGCGACAAUAGAAGGUGACGGAGACCGCUGUGGAUUCCGAGCAGACGACCUCUCAGCUCCGCUGUCAGAGCGUGACGCCGAUGAAGAGGAACGUUCGAAAGGCGACAAACGCUGGAAAUGUUCUCAGUGUGGGAAAACAUUCGAUGUCAAGUAUAAUUUGAAAGUGCACAUGAGAAUGCACACCGGAGAGAAGCCAUUUGUCUGCUCGGUUUGUCCUAAAAGCUUUUCGGUCAAGAUAAGCUUGACAAGGCACACGAGAACACACACUGGAGAGAAACCUUUCAUCUGUUCAGUUUGUGGCAAACGCUUUUCUGUCAAUACAACCUUGAAAGUACACAGAAGCACACACACUGGAGAGAAACCUUGCGCCUGCUCAGUGUGCGAAGGGAUAUUUAAAAAGACACCAAAUAAUUCACACUGGGGCGAAACCGUUCGUCUGCUCAAUCUGUGGUAAAAGCUUCUCGAUAAAGGGAAGUUUAAUAAGGCACACCAAAACGCACACAGGAGAGAAACCUUUUGUCUGUUCAGUUUGCGGUAAAAGAUUCGCUCUGAAGGCCCAUUUAAGAACACACUCAAGAACACAUGCUGGGGAAAAGCCUUUUG